ACUGCAAGUGCCCUCUGAUCAGUCAUCGGCUGUAGAGAUGUCGGUGUCUCUCUCCAGUCACCCUGCAGUGAGAGACAGGAGUCUGGCUGUCUACCCGUCUCUGCCCGGCGCGCACUACGCGGACGUCCUCAAGAGCGCGCACAGCAUCUUCCAUCCGCUCAAGUCUCUGGGCCGCAUGGUGACCGACGCGCAGACGAUCAUGCCGUUAACCUUCAGCGGAACAACUCCUUUCUUUAGCCACAACAGCGCGGUAUUCCAUGAACAGAUCCUUAACGUGUCCCACAUUCCGUACUUCCAGCACAUACAGCCUUCGCAAAGCGUGUACAACGCCAGACAUGAGGAGCAGAGCACCGGCUCUCUGUCUGAUUUCAGCAGCCCGUCCAGUGUGAAGUCUUCUUCGGCUUCAUCUUCUCCGGUUAAGGACAGUUUUAGCUGCCCGCAGGCCGCACAUCCCACACCCGAACACGCGCGCACCUACACUUUUACAGAGGAUGACCUCUUCACCGUCCUCUACGGAUAUUCCAAAAAACAAGGGCAAAAUGCUGGACAUGCCAUUUCUGGAUUAUCAUUUCCUCCCUGCACAGCUGAUCGCCAGCUUCUCCCUGUUGAUAUCGAAGGAUUUGAACUCCCAGAAGGCUUAUCGAUUCUCCAAACUAAUUGUGGAAGCCUUUCCCAUUAUGGAGCUUUCGCUGAUAAAAGCACAAUUCCAAAAGGCACCAGGUUUGGACCCUUUCAAGGCAAACUGGUAAACACAAGUGAGAUCAAGACUUAUGACGACAACACGCUCAUGUGGGAGAUCUUUGAGAACGGCCGCUUGAGUCACUUUGUGGAUGGACGAGGCGCUCCGGGGAAUUGGAUGUCCUUGGUGAAGUGCGCGCGCUUUCCUGAAGAGCAGAACCUGAUUGCGGUGCAGUGUGAAGGACAGAUAUAUUAUGAGGCCUGCAAAGAGAUCCGACCCGGCCAAGAGCUGCUGGUCUGGUACGGAGAUUGCUAUGUGCAGUUUUUGGGUAUUCCUCUCACCCUCAAAGAGUUCAUUGAUGACAGUGAAGCUCUUCCGGCAGAAGAUUCUGGGGAGGGUUUCAAGUGUGAUCGUUGUGGAAAAGUAUUCGCUUAUAAGUACUAUAGAGACAAACAUCUGAAAUACACGCGCUGUGUGGAUCAGGGCGACAGAAAGUUCCCCUGCCACCUCUGUAACAGGUCUUUCGAGAAGAGAGAUCGACUCCGAAUCCACAUUCUCCAUGUGCACGAGAAACACAGGCCACAUAAGUGCUCCGUGUGCGGCAAAAGUUUCUCGCAGUCCUCCAGUCUGAACAAACACAUGCGCGUGCACUCGGGAGAGCGGCCUUACAAAUGUGUUUACUGUAACAAGGCGUUCACGGCCUCCAGCAUCCUCCGCACACACAUCCGCCAGCACUCCGGCGAGCGGCCGUUCAAGUGUAAACACUGCGGGAAAGCGUUCGCCUCUCAUGCGGCCCACGACAGCCAUGUCCGGCGGACACAUUCCAAAGACAAGCAGCUCUCCUGUGAUGUGUGUGGAGCCACUUUCCAAGAGGCACAAGAGCUGAAAUAUCACAUGAAGACUCAUAAAAAGCGGACACUUUUGGAAAGCUCUGUUGUUCCUCCCACAGACGAGAACGCGCUCUUCUCUACCAAAGAGUCUUUACACGCUCAGACACAGCUGGCGGACACUUUCUCUUUCCCCGGGAUAACGAGCAUCAACUCCGAGUACAGACCAUGGAACUGAUACUUCAACACUCAAAUCACGGUUUAAAUUUCUUCAGCCUUUCCCUUCAAAAAUGA